UGCAGCAGUCGUGAAUGCAUAGAUCUCGAGUUGCUUAGAGGAGAGGAAUAUUGCUCAGAGGAAAGAAAAUGGUCAAAAGCUUUUCAGUGGAGUGGCUUUCUCAAAGUGACUACAAACCAUCAGUGGAACUGGGAAAAACCUCUGAACACGGAAGCCACAGCCAUAUGGAUCGUAAACCUCACGUCGCCUGUGUGGUCCAGCCGAGCGCUCCUACGUCCUAUUACAAAGACUCAGUGCAGCCGAAAGCCAAGAAAGCGAAUACCAAGAAUUUUGAGAGCGUGGAAUUCGAAGGGCAGGACGCGGCAGCAGCACGUUUGUCUACACCGUCUCCUUCACUUUCGGACAUUAGUGCCGAUUCGUCAGGUUAUGAAAGUGAAGCUGUCUCGCCCAAAUGUACACCAAAUGAAAAAGAGGACAUUGAGGGAAAUGGCGACCAAAGGAGGCUACGAACAAAGUUCACUUCGGAGCAGAUUUACAAACUGGAGAAAGCCUUUACUAAGCAAAAGUACCUGGGAGCCUCGGAGCGGCUAAAGCUUGCCGCGAAACUGCAGCUAUCUGAAACUCAGGUAAAGACAUGGUUUCAAAACCGCCGGAUGAAAUUAAAACGCGAAGUGCAAGACCUACAGCCAGAAUACUUCAGACCACCGUUUACCCCGCACAUCAUGUACCCGUACUUCAACCCUCUACAACACUUGAAUUAUGCAGCUGGACAGCGGAUGACUCUUUCUCCUUACACACCAGAAAAUGUGACCGCAAAUCCGAUGUACGGCCCACUCAUCCACCCUGCAGUCUCCCUCAGUCCAGUGAUGCUUCAGCAGCCCCUGCUUCACCCGGGGCAAGGACCUGCCGUGCCGUACUGCUGAGAACUCUUGGCCAGCAGUUCAAGACCAAGUGCAAUAAACUCCUGUAGAUUUAACUGUACGUGCAAGUAAAACUUUGUAUGCGCAGUGUUUCAUAGAUAUUUUAUUUUUAUAUGAGUAUUUAUUUUAAACGUUCUAGCGAUUAAUGAAGGGAUCUUUAUCUUCCACAAGAUGUUCAUCAAAGAUUCGGUGACUGGGACUUGUCAACAACAAAUCCAAGCUGCAGUGCUCUGUUAAUUACUUAAGAGAUUGUUACAUGUAAAUAGUCCUGUGGAAAAGGCAAUGUUUGGGUUUUAUUUCUGCAUUGCUAUAUUCAAGUGUGUUCAUAACAUAGGUAAACCAAAGUAGUUUUGUUUCAUUGUUUAUCUUUACAAAGCCAAUUUUAUAUAUAAAGCAAU